AUGCCUAAGAAUUACCAGCAUCUCCUGGCCUUGGCAUUUGCAGUAAAGGAGAUCAAUGAGAACCCUCACCUACUGCCCAAUUGCACUUUGGGCUUCCGCGUCUAUGACAGCUACAACAAUGCAAGGAAAACCUGUCAGGCCACCCUGCGACUUCUCUCAGUACAGGAGAGAUUGGUCCCUAACUAUGAAUGCGGCAUCCUCAAAGAUCUAGUAGCAGUUGUUGGAGCAUUGGACUCCCAGAUCUCUCUCCAUAUGGCAAAUAUCUUGGAUAACUACAAAAUCCCACAGCUCCAUCAGUUUCUCAGAAGUGUCUCAUUCAAUAACAGUGCUCAACACGAGGUUUCCUUCAAUGAGAAAAGGGAGGUGGUAGCUGGAUUUGAUGUUAUCAACUGGAAGUUCUUUUCCAAUGAGUCCUUUCUUCUUGUGAAAGUUGGAAGGAUUGAUCUUCAGGCUUCUUCAGGCCAUAUACUCACCAUAGAUGAGGAUUCCAUUUCAUGGAACCAUUGGUUUAAUCAGGAGCUCACCUGCCCCAUCCGACAAGCUGUCUUUGCCAUCAUCUUCACAGUGGCUGUUUCUUCUGUGCUGGCAAAAACCCUCUUGGUUGUUCUGGCUUUCAUGGCUACUCAGCCAGGAUCCAGGAUGAGGAAGUGGUUGGGAAAGGAGAGGGCCAGUGUCAUUGUUCUUUCCUGCUCCCUCAUCCAAGCAGGCAUCUGUAGUGUGUGGCUGGGAACUUCACCCCCUUUCCCAGAUGUCAACAUGUUUUCUAUGGCUGAAGAAAUCAUGCUGGAAUGUUCCUUACACAUCUCUACUCAGAACUGGGUGGAGAAAACAGAGGGAACCAACAUAAUCCAUCAAUGUGAAGAGGAGGAAAUGCUAAGAGUUGGGAUCAACCCCAGCUCUUCACCUGGCAUAUGCAGACUUCUUCUCUUGCUCAGCACCAUCUUACAGAGUAAGCAAAGCCAAGAAAUCCACAAAUGCUCAAAGAGCAAAACUGAGGAACUGGCAACACAAGUAGCUGCUGCACGUGACACAGAAGGGGCACAAGCUAAUGCCCAAACUCAAGGCACCUUCUUUCUGGCCAUGCUUGUACAGUUUUCCUUCAUAAGUGCUGACUUCCACUGUGCCUCAGGUGUCACCUCUCCUUUCAGCAUGAUCCCAAAGAAUUACCAGCAUCUUCUGGCCUUGACAUUUGCAGUAAAGGAGAUCAAUGAGAGCCCUCACAUACUGCCCAACCACACUUUGGGCUUCCGUAUCUAUGACAGCUAUGAAAAUGCAAGGAGAACCUGCCAGGCCACCCUGCGACUUCUGUCAGUGCAGGAGCAAUUGGUCCCCAACUAUAAAUGCCACAUCCACAAUAAUCUAAUAGCAGUCAUUGAAGCACUAGACUCCGAAGUCUCUCUCAAUGUGGCAAAUAUCUUGGACAUCUACAAGAUUCCACAGCUCAUCUAUGGCGUGGCUCCAGUCAUGAAUGAUAAGACACCAGGACUUCCUUUCUAUCAGAUGGUUCCUCACGAAACUCUGCAGUAUGAGGGGAUUUUGUCUUUGCUGCUGCAUUUCAGCUGGAAGUGGAUUGGACUUGUUUUUAUGGAUAAUGACAAUGGAGAAAGAUUCCUGCAAACUGUCUUUCCAAUGUUUUCCAAAAGAGGUGUCUGCUUUGCCUUCAUUGAAAAGAUCCCCACACACACCUACAUCAUUAAAAUUAAUGCUAUGUUAGAAAAGGGGGCAAUGAUACAUGAUAAACUUGUGGACAGUAAAGCCAAUGUAGUAGUUCUCCAUGGAGAAUCAUAUUCCUUUGCAAUUUUUAGAGUGCUGACAUAUAUACCAGAACUGGAAAACAGGGAAAGCAAAAUAAAAGGCAAAGUAUGGAUAGCUUCAGCCCACAUAGAGAUCAAUGCAUUUGUCUAUCAAAGGAACUGGGACACAGGAUUAUUCCAUGGUACUCUGUCCUUGAGGAUUCACUCCAAUGAUGUACCAGGAUUCCAAUCAUUUGAGAAAAGCAGAAAUCCAAUCAGCACAAAAGGAGAUGAUUUUCUCAGGCUGUUUUGGGAACAAGCUUUUGGCUGUCUUUUCCCAACUUCAGUAGCCAACGAUGUGGAAGAAGUGAUUUGCACUGGGAAGGAAAAGCUGGAGAGACUUUCUGGAUCUAUUUUUGAGAUGAGCAUGACUGGCCAUAGCUACAGCAUCUACAAUGCAGUCUAUGCUGUGGCCCAUGCUAUGCAUGCCAGGUCCUCAUCUGAAGUCAAACACAGGGCCAUGUUGAAGACUAAAGGACAGAAGUUUAGGAAUGAAGAGCCAUGGAGGCUCCAUCAGUUUCUGAGAGGUGUUUCAUUUAAUAACAGUGCUCAGAAUGAGGUUUCCUUCAAUGAGAAAGGGGAGGUGAUAACUGUAUUUGAGUUUAUUAAUUGGAAGUUUUUCCCCAAUGAAUCUUUUCUCCGUAUGAAAGUUGGAAAGCUCGAUCUUCAGGCUUCUCCAGACCAAACUCUUGCUAUUGAUGAGGCUGCCAUCACAUGGCACCCCUGGUUCAAUCAGACACGACCACUUUCUGUAUGCACCAAGAGUUGCUGUCCAGGCUCUAGCAAGAAAGUGAAGGAGGGGGAGCCAUAUUGCUGCUAUGAUUGCAUCCCUUGUCCAGCCGGGAAGAUUUCAAGCAAGAAGGAUAUGAAUGAUUGCAAUCCAUGCUUAGAUACAGAGUAUCCAAGCAAGAAUUGGGAUUUCUGUCUUCUGAAGACCACAACAUUCUUGACCUACGAAGAACCUUUUGGGCUCACAUUAGCAAUCCUUGCUCUUGCCUUCACUUUUAUCACAGCUCUGGUGCUGGCUGUGUUCGUGAAAAACCACAGGACUCCCAUUGUCAAAGCCAACAACCAGAAGCUCACCUACACUCUGCUCAGCUCCCUCCUGCUUUGCUUCCUUUGUGCAUUGCUCUUCAUUGGUGAGCCUCAGGAGCUUACCUGCCUCCUUCGACAAGCUGCCUUUGCCAUCAUCUUCUCAGUGGCUGUUUCCUCUGUACUGGCAAAAACCCUCUUGGUCAUUCUGGCUUUCAUGGCCACUCAGCCUGGAUCCAGGAUGAGGAAGUGGUUGGGAAAGGAGAAGGCCAGUGUCAUUGUCCUUUCCUGCUCCCUCAUCCAAGCAGGCAUCUGCACUGUGUGGCUGGGAACUUCACCCCCUUUCCCAGAUAUUGAUCUGUUUUCCCGGGCUGAAGAAAUCAUACUGGAAUGUAAUGAGGGCUGUGUGACCAUGUUUUACUGUGCCUUAGGCUACAUGGGCCUUCUUGCGGGCAUCAGUUUCACUGUGGCCUUCCUGUCUAGGAAGUUGCCUGGCAGUUUCAAUGAAGCCAAGUUCAUCACUUUCAGCAUGCUGGUCUUUUGCAGUGUUUGGCUCUCUUUUGUUCCUUCCUACCUUAGCACAAGGGGGAAGUCCAUGGUUGCUGUGGAGGUCUUCUCCAUCUUAGCUUCUAGUGCAGGGUUGCUGUGUUGCAUUUUUCUCCCCAAAUGCUAUAUUAUCGUGCUGAGACCUGAGCUGAACAACAGGGAACAGCUAAUAAGAAGAAAAUCGUGA